UCUUCCCAUCUCGGGCUGGCGACUGUUUCUGGAAUCUAGCCUCAUCGGACGAGCGCACGCCUUGCCGUGCUGGGGAUAAAGGAUUAGACGGUCUGAUGGAUGGGACUCGUGGUGAUUGGGCACUUCCAGUUUGUCAGAACGGAAGAAAACGAAAGCGAGAGGACAAUAAACUUGUCACUAACACCCAGAAUAAGAGCACACCAAGGAUUAGUGACUUGCCUGAUGAGCUGCUUGUUGAUAUAAUAUCCCGCCUAAAACUCAAGGAUGCUGGUAGGACUAGUGCUCUCUCGCGUAGAUGGAGAUAUAUGUGGACACUUGUAUCCGGGAGUUUGAAAUUUGAUGCUUGUGAUAGGGACACUUUCAGAGGGAUGGAUAAGAGGAAAGAAAUGGGAGGUUGGGUCAAUCGUGUGUGGGAAUUGCACAAGGCUCCUAGAGUGGAUAGCUUUAUCGUGUGUACUCGGGGGCGUUGGGGGUUUGAAGAUGGUGAUGCCGAUAUGUGGACACGGUUUGCCCUGCGAAAGCAAGUAAAAGUGUUUGAAUUGAGUUUGGAAAGGCACAGGCGUAGUUGUAAAUACGAGUUUCCUAGCAUGGAGAAGCUGUUAUUAUUGGGGCCCAAGUGUUCAUUUGUUAGCCUAAGAUCCCUCAAGUUGGCGCAUGUAAAUGUUGAGGAUGACAUGGUUCAUUAUUUAUUGGCAUCUUGUCCGGAUCUUGAGACCUUGUGGAUCAAGGACUCAGAUUGUACGAAGAAUCUCUGAGUUGUUGCACCAAAGUUGAAACAAUUGCAACUAUGGUGCGGGCAGAUCCAAAGGGUUGAGAUCUCCGCACCGAGCCUUGUAUCAUUUGCAUAUUCGGGACAUAAUGUAGAAACACCUUAUUUGUUGAAAAGAGUUGCGAAUCUCACUGCACUACAUCUGUGGGGUGGAGCUUCGUUCCCCUUUAUUUAUCAAGCUAAGAAACACUCAAGUUAUUCGGUUCAGUUGACAGAGCUGAACCUGGGUCUUCUUCUCACGCCCAUUACACUGCCCUUUCAAAUAGCCAUUCCCCCAGAUUUGCCUCAGUUAUGUUCACUGGAGAAGCUGACUGUGAACAGCACUACACUAGCUGGGCGAAGUCUUCUCUUCUUCACUUUAUUGAUCAAGGCCUCUCCUCGCUUACGUGAAUUCACAAUCACGAUGGAUUAUGAAUGGGAUGACUAUCAGGUAUCCAAUUCUAUUCUCAUAUCUUUCUAUUACGAAUCUUGAUUCAUCUCCACCCGUUUAACGAGUUAUAUCACUUCAGGAGAUACCAUAUCCUGAAGUGAGUGAAGCAGAGGUGGGUACAUUCAAUCAUGCGAAUCUUAGGUCGGUUCGAAUGGGAUCUUAUUGUGGGUCGUCAAGCGAAGACGAGUUCCUUUUGAAAUUGCUGGAGAUGGCUCCAUCAGUUGAGACGGUGAUCAUCGACACACAAUGGACAUAUUUUGAGAAUGUCCAUGAAUUGAGAUAUCUUAAGAAAAUGAAGUUGGCCACUACGAGGGAUGAAGCAAAUGUUAGAAUUAUAAAAGGAAGAACACUGUGAAGCAGUGUUGAACGAAGAACUAGAUAGAAUAACGAAUCGCGUACGAAACGCUUUCAGAUCAAAGUUAUUUCGGGGUAUACGAAAUACUUCAAUCGGAUAAAACGUUAAUUCAAAACAAGCACUCGAGAAUCUGUUACUCAACCCAUACCACGAGACUCUAUUUUAUAGAGUCGAAAAUCCUUGUGAUCGGACAUGAACGUUCGCGUAGAUGUACGCGUACGUUCGCGCAAGAAGAAGAAAGGUGCGAGUUUGAACCAAAGG